AUUUGUUGCCCAUUAGUGAAGUCUGCUGCUGUGUCAAGACUGAAGAGGCAAUUACAAGGAAUUCUUCUCUCCCAAAACAAAUUCCACCAACAUGACCUCUAAUUCCAAUCUAUCCAACAUGCGACGGCUGGUGGAACAACUGAAGCUGGAGGCCAGCGUGGAGAGAAUCAAGGUGUCCCAGGCCGCUGCAGAGCUCCAGCAGUAUUGUCUGCAGAACGCAGGCAAGGAUGCUCUGCUGGUUGGUGUUCCCACAGGGAGCAACCCGUUCAGGGAACCCCGCUCCUGUGCCAUCGUGUGAACUCCAAGCAGCCCCAAGGUCAGAGUCCACACAGAGAAAGGAUGAGCGGACACAACCAGCGGUGGCAACUCACUCACCAAAGAAACUAGUCCUUUUGUUGCUGUUGUUUUUCUCCCCUCACAUUUGUUCAUUUGAAGGAUGUUUUCUUUAUGUUACAUUACUGAUGAUGAAAUAUUUCUUUUUUUUUUUUUUUUUUAAAGAUUAAUUGAGGUAAACAUGAAAAGGGCAGAGCUGUUUUUUUUUCCCAACAAAAUGCUUAUUUUACUACACUGUAACAAUACAAGAUGUUUAUUUGUGUACUGAU